CCCCUCUUUGAGGGGCCUGGAGUUUGAAGAGGAGCCGCGGGUGGUUGCUGGUCCAACUCAGCCUCUUUGAUUGGCGCACAGAUGUAAAUCGACAUUCCCCCCCUGUUACUUGGAGGAUUUGGUGUGCGUCUGAUGAGUUUAUGCAUUAAUGGUAAAGAAAGUUGAAAGGCAGCGGGGGUGUUCGGGGACCGAAUCCACCCCCCCCCUCAGGUUAAUGACAUUUCCAGCCCGCAGCGCUGCGCUCAGUCCGGGAAGAAGCUGCGCGGUGAGACGAGGAAGAGUUUCUCUUUCAUAAGCGGCGCGUCGCACAGUCAGCUGGACUUUUGCAACUUUUGACCAGAAAUGGUUGGCAGGUUGAACUUGCCAAAUGUAAUCGACGGAGAUCCCCUGGGUAUGAGCUGCAGCAGGACUGAUAGAGGACUCGACAGCCCGGACUCCGGGUUACCCCCGAGUCCGAGCCCCAGCGCCUGGUUGCAGCCUGGCUGUGCAGAGAGAGCCGGUGGUGGGAUCCCGGUGUCUGAGGACGAAGGAAGGGCCUCUCUGGUUGCGGUGUCACCAGCUGGAAAUCUUCCACAACUGCAGGCUUUAUCCUUUGGAGAAGGCAUUGCACUUGAUAUUUUACCACCAAAGGAACUGAGAUACACAUCGUUUGUGAACUAUGACUCAGACCGUCACUUCAUCCAAAACGUGGCCCUCCAGCUGCGGGGCCAGGCCCUCGAACACUGCCAGCAGACAAUUGUGGCUUUGCCGCACUGCACCUGGCGCCACUACAAGACCCAGCUGGACUUCCAGCCCCGCCAUCGACCCCACAGCUACAAGAGCACCACCAUCAUUUACCCCAAGAAAACCAGCACGGUCUACGUAACGGAGCUUAACUACGACUCCCGCCGGCUGUCUAAGCGUUUCUUGUCCAGCGUGGAGCUGGAGGUGUCCGGCAGCAGGAGGCUGCCUCAGUGAGGCAGGAGGAGAAGGGCGGCAUCCUGUGCUCAUACUUCCACUUAAGUUGCACUGAAAGCCAGUUCAAGCUCACUUUUUUUCCUUUUUUUUGCUUCUCAUCACAAUCACCAACAUCUGUAGACUAUUUUUCUUUUCUCUGGCCCACUGUUUUUGUUUAUAGCCCACCUGAGUCGUGGUCUCUGGGCUGGAGGUCAUCAGAGUUAAACCAGCUGCGUCCUCCUCCCUGGGCCUCUUUAAAAUGCAUAACUGAAACACAAACUACCAGAUAUUCAUAUCGGGUGGUCCUUUUUUUUUUUUUUUUUUUCAGAUUUAUCCUGGUGCCCCUGCUUGAUCAGAGAAUGCUCAUUUCUGGACGGAGGGGGAUGAUUUUGCUUUGAAGCAUGUUGAUGUGGAUGCUUGCCACGGAUCUGCUGUGGUGUUUGUGUAGCUUCCUUUUACUCUCCAUCCAAAGCUGUAGAUGUGGAGCAUUUGCUGUGGUGUAGCACAGAUAAGAAUAGAUUUUAGAUAGCUUAUCUAUAUAUAUAUAUUUAUGGCCAAGUAAAUUUAUUGAAAGUAUACUCAAAUGUCCUAGGGCUCUCCUUAUUAUGUUGGUGGAUAUUUGUGUCAGGUGACAAAAGGAAGACCAAGUUGUUAUUUCCAACUGCAAAUCUGCUAUCAGCUGGCCAAGCACUCAAGAGUUAUUUUAUUAUUAUUAUUUUUUUAGAUUUGACUUUUUCUCAAUGCAUUUUUAAUCUGGGCUUUUAAUUAAUUUGGUUUAUGUGUGAUAGUAAUUAGUUUUGAAUUGAGCAAGGCUGUUGAGCAGAUUACCUAGAAUUUGAAUGGUUAACUAAUGACAUCCACCUCGUAUGUUAAAUACAUUUAUUUUCCAAUGCUCUGUUUCGUUAAAGUUAUAAAGAUGCACCGUUUGUUUCCAGUGUGUACAUUUAGAUUAACCAGGUAGCACAGAGGGCACCUAAGUUAGGUAUUCACUAAGAAGUGCAUAAAUCACUGGCCUACAACAUUCUACUACUUAAAACUGUUGUGAGGAAAUUUGUAUUUAUUCUGGCAGAGAUUUUAAAAGCUAAUUAACAUACCCUAACCAUAGUGGGUUUUUUUUUUUAUCAUUCGUUUUAUUUUGAAAUGCCAUCAGUUUGUGCCUUUCGUGUGUUCAUCACUUGUUUGAUGCAUUGUCAAAAUUAAAUACACAUUUGUCCAAUA